GGUGGAAAGCGAAACUCGCUCAAACUGAAGCCGCAGUGUUAGUCUUUACCUCGGGAAUAUCAGAUCUGCUGUAUACGUCUCUGUUUAUCUGUCUGUCUCUAUCUGUCUGUCUCUCUGCCUGGGAAUAUGGCUGCAGCUGAGUGAGACACACUGCUCAAACACACACGCUGUAUUUUUGUGAAGGUGGGAUGAAUUUGGAUCGAAUCGCCUCUGACGCCGCGAGACUCCCGCCAGAGCGUGACAUGGCCUCCGCUUUCCACGCUCACGUCGCGCGCGACACACUGGAGCACACGAGCAGUGAGUCUUCGGACACUGAGACUGCAGAGAAAGAACGAAUUGUUGAGCAGCGCACUGAGGACGGAAACCCGGACGAUCCGAAGAAGAAGAAGCAGCGGCGGCAGCGGACACACUUCACGAGCCAGCAGCUGCAGGAGCUCGAGGCUACGUUUCAGCGUAACCGGUACCCGGACAUGAGCACGCGCGAGGAGAUCGCAGUGUGGACCAAUCUGACCGAGGCGCGAGUCCGGGUCUGGUUUAAGAACCGACGGGCGAAGUGGCGGAAGCGCGAGCGGAAUCAGCAGAUGGAUUUGUGUAAAAACGGUUAUCUUCCGCAGUUCGGUGGCCUCGUGCAGCCCUAUGAGGACAUGUACCCGACCUACAGCUAUAACAACUGGACCAACAAGGGACUCGCGCCCAAAAAUUUUCCGUUCUUUAACUCCAUGAGCCCGUUAGCGUCACAGCCCGUGCUCUCGUCCCCGAGUUCCAUUUCCUCCAUGAGCAUGAGCAUGAGCAUGGCCUCAAGCAUGAACAGCAUCAGCAAUUUGAACGGCCUCGGCGGCUCCUCUAUCAAUUCUGCCAUGAGCUCCUCCGCGUGCCCGUACGGGGCACCGCCCCCGGCACCGUACGGAGUCUACCGGGACACGUGCAGCUCCGGCCUAGCAACCCUCAGACUCAAACCCAAGCAGCAUCCCGGUUUCGGAUACGGAGGAUCCGCGUGCCAGUACAACAGCUAACGGAUUAACUGAGAAGUAAAGAGUAGAAAAAAAAAAAAAACUCCAAAAAACCCCAAAACUGGAUCCGCUGUUAUUGUUGAAUUUUUUGCUUGUGUUACUCGGAUGGAUUUUUGCAACUCUCCUGUUUACCUGAACUUGCACAAAGACUAUUCAAAUCCACGAGCUGGAUUUUAAAGUGAAGAUGUUACAUUGCAACUCUGUAAAUAGUUUAAUGUAUUGAACAAAAAAACUUUUUUUUUUGCUUUUAAUAAAAAAUCCUGCCAUUUUCGGGCCAUUUAAUCAGACUGCUUUAGUGGAGUGUAUAUAAACUCUAAUCUAUUUCUCUCUCCGUUAUGUAGCUUCGCCUGCUUUUUAAAGCUCAGUCUGUUUUUAUUUUAUUUUUUUUAUUAUUUUUGUGCCAUCGUUGUUUAUUUGACUGAUCCGAUAUAAACCGCAUGUUUGUGACUUGUUUUGUACAGAAAUGUAAAGAAGAAUUGUAGGUUAAACAACUCUGUAAUGAGAUAUGGAUUGAAAAUUGUUCUCACGUGUUUAUGGAAAAUAAAACAUAAAUAAUGGUUACAAAUGAUCAUUUUAAAAAAAUUGUCACUAAGAAAUAUGCUCUUUAGCCUAAGAUAGACAAAUUAUUCCCUACUAAUUAAGCACUCUAAUGAUCUUAAAUACUCACAACACAAUUUCUACACAACGUUGUAUUUCCCAAACUAACCUUCGUGGGAUGAGAAAAACACUCAUGCCUAAAUAACUGCAUCCUGAACUAAAAUGUCACUAUACAUUUUAUACAGUUUUAUACAAUAACCUGAAAUAUCACUCACUGGAAAAAGUUUCAGAUUUUCUCUAACUGUAUUGAGGCACAAGAUUUUCAUUUUGAGGGCAAAUAUACCAAAAGUUAUUACAGAUAACUAAUAAUCUGUUUUGGUAAACAUUCGCCAUUAAUAUAAAGAAGUGUUUUUUGAAAUAACAAAAAUAACUUAAAUAAAUAAUAAUAAAAAUAGUUUAACGGUGGCCUAUAAAUCAGUAGCUUCAUUUGUUCUUGUGAUUCAUUAAAAGAGCGCACGAGUAGCAGCUCCUUCACUUUAUCACCUUAUCGUGGUUUUAUUCACUGCAUAUCAGCAUUAAUGACUCAGUAGUCUAUGUAAGGCUAAUAACACCUCCGAUUAAACUGUUUAUUUAACCUGAAC